AAAAAAUGAUCAGAUGAAACGUUUGUCGAAAGUACAAGCCAUACUAGAAGCAGAGAAUUACUUGCGAAUAAUGAAUAUGAGUCUAGAGCGACAGUACGUGCCUAAGCAGCUUUCCGGUGGUAUGAAAAGAAAACUGAGUUUGUGUAUUGCGAUGAUGGGCAAAGCUGAAGUUUUAAUUUUAGACGAGCCUACUUCCGGAAUGGAUACAGAAUCUAGGAGAUCGUUUUGGGAUACACUGAUGAAUCUGCGAAAAGGCCGCACAAUGAUUCUAUCAACUCAUUAUAUGGAAGAAGCAGACGCCUUGGGAGACCGUAUUGCAAUCAUGGAUCACGGUGUUAUCGUUUGUCACGGCACAUCCAUGUUUUUAAAAAAAGUCUAUGAUAUCACUAACCUGGUGCAGAGUGCAUUACCAAAUGCCUCAGUGAUUUCGAAUAAUAGGCAAGAAAUCGUAUAUAAAUUACCAUUUACUGAAACGCAAAAAUUUCCUGUUCUUUUUCAAACUUUGGAAUCCGCAUUGGUUCGAUUGAGUAUUCAACAUUUGGGAAUGACAGCUGCCCUCAUGGAACAAGUGUUUUUCAUAGCUGGAGGUGCUGCUGGACGUGGUGCAACUUCUCAAAAACCUAUUACACAAUAUGCUAAACAUGGUGUAAUAGUUGGCUUCAUGUUAUUCCUUCAACAACUGUGGACCAUAUUCAAGAAAAAAUGUCUCUUUACCAUACGGGAUGGAAACAAUAUAUUUUAUAGGGUAGUGCUACCUACGAUUCUAUCAUGCCUUAUAAUAUGGUCUGAUUAUAAAGAAAUAGACUUGUUUGAGAAACCAGUUCACCUGUCACUGUCUAUUUAUUCGGAUAAAAAGGUAUUAUACCAAGAAAAAGGCCCAAAUGUACCUCCCAAAAUGGCCGAACAUAUGGAAAAGUAUGUGACUGAGACAAAUAACGUCUUCGUGAAGGUCAACGAUUCGGUCGAUAUUAAACAAGUAUUAGCAUCUGUGGCGCAUGAAAAACCCAACAAUUAUAGAGACGAGUACUUGUUGGCCUUUAUUGUAGGAUUAGAUAAACCAAAAAUCAUGUAUCAAGAUCCAGCUUAUGCAGGCUCUCAUAAUUUACCUGUGGCUAUUGACACUUAUUAUAACGUUUUACUUAGAACUGUAAACAGUCAAUAUUCCAUUGAAAUGUCUAGUCAUCCUGUGCUUGUUAAGCCUACCGCUGGCCAAGACACGAAAUUAGUUGAAAGUCAACUUAAAGCAGGAUGUCCAUCAUUCCAGCUGGGACUAUUGGCCAUUAUUUACGUACUUCUGAUAUUCGGCAUGUUUACUGUAGAAUUACAUGGGUAUUUUUUAGAUUUCGCGACAAUGGAACGUGUGGAUGGGUUUUAUCACGUGCAAAUGAUGUCUCGUUUGUCUCCAUUCUUAUACUGGAUGGGCACCAUGUUAUUCGACUUGAUAUUCUUUUACAUCUGUAUUGGUAUACGGAUAUUAUUAAUUUACAUUAUCGGGAACGCUGAUUAUCUCAACGAAUUUAACGAAACUUUUCCUCAGCAGAAAAAAUUUUCAUACAUAGAUUUCUCAUCAAUGGAACCACUAUCGUAUCAAAGCUUUUUUCUUACUUUGGAACCGCUUACGAUAGUCAUGUUGGGUCAAAUUGUGGCGUAUUCGAUUAUAUUAAUUUUGAUUAAUACCGAAAUACCUGGUCGUUUGUAUAAUUCUUUUAAAAAUUCGAUAUUUGGUACAGAAUCUAUUCGAGAGGACGAGGGUGAUAAUGACGUGCUCGUGGAACGAUCCAAAGUUCGAGAAUUCAAUGAACUUGCGCCAAAGGAUGCUGCCAGUAUUUCUUUGUUGGUCAACGGAAUACGUAAAAAUUACAUCAGAUGGCUCAGCAGCUUCACUGCAGUUUCUGACGUGAGUUUCAUGGUCGAACGUGGAAAAUGCUUUGGUCUCUUGGGAGUAAACGGAGCUGGUAAAACGACUACGUUUAGAAUAUUGACUGCUGAACUAAUACCAACUUUGGGCGAUGCGUCCAUCGACGGUGUUAAAAUGAGUGAAAAUAGAAGAGAGUACCUUUCUGCAGCAGGAUAUUGUUCGCAAACUAACUGCUUCAUCGAACAAUUAACAGCAGUGGAAAUGUUGAAUUUGAUUGUUUGUUUGAGAGGAGUACAAGCUCAAGAUACAAGAGCGUUGGUCGAUAGAUGGAUAUCCAUUUCCGGUUUAGAAGAGUAUAAAAAUCGAAGAUGUGGCGACUACAGUGGUGGAAACAAACGUAAAUUGUGUUCAGCCAUGGCUUUGAUAGGAGAUCCAAAAGUGGUAUUUUUAGAUGAACCUACCAGUGGAGUAGAUCCAAUGGCUAGGCGUAAUUUGCACAACGUUAUGGCUAAUAGCAGAACUUUAGGGCAAACGUUGGUUUUAACAUCGCAUAGUAUGGAAGAAUGUGAAGCCAUAUGUGAUAGAUUAACCAUAAUGGUAUCAGGAGUGAUGAAAUGUAUCGGCAGUGUCCAACGUUUAAAAAAACUUUACGCCCAAGGAUUUUCGGCCUCGUUCAAGGUUUUUGAUUCUGCUGCUGCUGAAGGCAAAAUACCAGAUUUACAGAGGGAAAUCCAGAAAACAUUUGCUCCUUCGCCUAUUACUCUGAAAGACUCGCAUUCGGGAUUGUUAUUUUAUCAAAUAUCCGAUACUUCUUUACCGUGGUCAGUGCUUUUUCAAAAAAUGGAGAGUAUUAAACAGCGUUACCCAGAUUUACUCGAAGAUUACGUUUUAACUGAUACUAGUUUGGAAGAAGUUUUCAUUUCUUUCGCAAAAGAGGGUAAAUAA